AUGAACCUCCUUGACGAGGUGCGGCCUGGUGAUGAGGCAAGCGGCGCUCUCGAGCGGGUCGUUGAUGUCGGCGCCGAGCACCUCCAACUGCGUGGCAAAGCCGCCGUCGACGACCUUGGCGUCCGGGUCGCGACACGACAUCGAACACCUGGCGUGCGUCUCCCAAAGGUGUUCUGUGGUCUCGAUGGAUAUGGUGGGGCGACCUCAUGGGGCAGCAUAGAGGUCGACGAGGUAGAGGCGGAUGCCAUUGCUGUGGUCGUUGUCGCUGGCUUGCCGAAGACGGAGCCGGUGAUGUCGUGGUCAGUGGCCUGCGUGGUGAUGCAGAAUUGGGAAGCGAGGGAGAUGUCCAGAGGUGGAUCUGCCAUCGUGGUUGCCACGGAAGGUGCAGUGGAGGGCGUCGCUGGCUUGCUGGUGACUUCGUGCUCACGGUCUGGGCGGCGCGGCGGUGGCGGGCCAUGA